CCCGGCGCCUCUUCUCCCGGCGGGCAGCGAGUCCUCUGCGGCAGCCGCGCCUUGCGCAGUGCCGCAGCGCCCGCACGCCCCGCAGCGCUCCCCCGGUGGCUCGGCGCUUGCCGCGGCGGCGCCGCCCUCGCGGGCUGUGGGCAGCGGCCCGCUGCGGGCGGCCAGCCUGCGUGCGUGGCUGCGGGCGCCGCAGCGCCCGGUGCCCGGGGUGGGAGCGCGGACGGCAUGGGAUAGGAUACCGCCAUGGUGCGCCGAGAUCGCCUCCGCAGGAUGAGGGAGUGGUGGGUCCAGGUGGGGCUGCUGGCGGUGCCCCUGCUCGCAGCCUACCUGCACAUCCCACCCCCGCAGCUCUCCCCUGCGCUUCACUCAUGGAAGUCAUCCGGCAAAUUCUUCACCUAUAAGGGGCUGCGCAUCUUCUAUCAAGACUCUGUGGGCGUGGUUGGAAGUCCCGAGAUCGUGGUGCUUUUACAUGGCUUUCCAACGUCCAGCUAUGAUUGGUACAAGAUUUGGGAGGGCCUCACCCUGAGAUUUCAUCGCGUGAUUGCCCUCGAUUUCCUAGGCUUCGGCUUCAGUGACAAACCCAGACCACACCACUACUCCAUAUUCGAGCAGGCCAGCAUCGUGGAGGCGCUCCUGCGGCACCUGGGGCUCCAGAACCGCAAAAUCAACCUUCUGUCUCACGAUUACGGAGACAUCGUUGCCCAGGAGCUGCUCUAUAGGUUCAAGCAGAAUCGAUCUGGCCGGCUCACCAUCAAGAGUCUCUGUCUGUCCAAUGGAGGUAUUUUUCCUGAGACUCACCGGCCUCUCCUCCUUCAAAAGCUGCUGAAGGAUGGAGGCGUGCUCUCACCCAUCCUCACACGGCUGAUGAACUUCUUUGUCUUCUCUCGAGGUCUCACCCCCGUCUUCGGGCCGUACACACGCCCCUCGGAGAGCGAGCUGUGGGACAUGUGGGCAGGGAUCCGCAACAACGACGGGAACCUGGUCAUCGACAGUCUCUUGCAGUACAUCAACCAGAGGAAGAAGUUUCGACGACGCUGGAUUGGAGCGCUGGCCUCUGUAAACAUUCCCAUUCAUUUUAUCUAUGGGCCAAUGGAUCCUGUGAACCCCUUUCCGGAAUUUUUGGAGUUGUACAGGAAAACGCUGCCGCGGUCCACAGUGUCGAUUCUGGAUGACCACAUUAGCCACUAUCCACAGCUAGAGGAUCCCAUGGGCUUCUUGAAUGCAUACAUGGGCUUCAUCAACUCCUUCUGAGCUGGAGAGCGUAGCCUCCCUGCAUUACCUCCCCUAAGCCCCCAUCUGUCGUGUGCUCCACUUAGGAAGAAAGGCCCGGCAGAGGUCCUGGCCACCACACACUAUUCUCGCCUCACUUGGUGGACAGCUUAGAGUAAAAUGCCAGCAGAACCUCUGACUGCGGGUGACUGCGCUGUCCACCUUCCAUUCCUCUGACAUCUGAUCAUGUGUGCAGACCCGCCUUUGUCACUGUGCUAUUAGGAAAUUCUGACGGGCACAGCUACUCUCCGAUGCUGAAAGCCAUUCCUUCUCUUACUGUUUCUAAAAAAUAGAAACAAAAAUUCUUGAUAUAGUAAAAAAAAAAAAUCAUAACUGGCCCAACUCCAAUUGGAUCCUAAAGCAUGAGGAGUGGGUGCUCCCCUCCUCUCCUCGAGGAGCCUCAAGGGCGGGUGCUGUUU